AGUUCAAUUAGCUCUUUUCUCAGGUUGUUAUUAUCCCAUCAUCUGCUUUUAUUUUUCUAAUAACAUUUAAUAUUAUCUACAAAUCUUUACAUUUUUUCUUUUAUUUUUAUCUGUCUCUUCCUAUAGAACAAAAUCUCCAUAAAAAUAAGGGACAACGCUGUGCCUAGAACAGCACCUGAGGCUCAAAAAUUUUAUUUUGAACAAAAUGAAUAGACCCCAGUAGCAUUAUGGCUGUACUGCUACAAAUGCAUUUUACUGAAAUGAAUAUGUUGAGACUCAGAGAACUCUCAUCAUUUUCUCAAGUCAGGAUUCCUGCUCAGAUCUCCUCAGUCUAAUACCUUUAGUCUUCACCACAUCACAUGUACCUGGUACACAGAAUGCCUUCAUUUGAUAUGUAUUGAAGAAAUUAAACUCCAUUUUAGGUGAGGUUCCUUUAGCCAUGGAGAGGGGCAAUCACACCGUGACUGAGUUCAUCCUGGUGGGCUUAACCACAGACCCUGUGAUGCAGUUGAUCCUAUUCAUGGUGUUUCUUGUCAUGUACUCUGUGACCCUGGUGGGAAACAACACGCUCAUAACAUUGAUUUGUAAUGACUCCCGGCUCCACACACCCAUGUAUUUUUUCAUUGGAAAUCUUUCAUUCCUGGAUCUCUGGUAUUCCUCUGUCUACACCCCAAAGAUCCUAGUGACCUGCAUCUCUGAGGACAAAAGCAUCUCCUUUGCCGGCUGUGUAGCUCAGUUCUUCUUCUCUGCUGGACUGGUAUAUAAUGAGUGUUACUUGUUGGCCACUAUGGCUUAUGACCGUUAUGUGGCCAUCUCCAACCCCUUACUUUAUGCUCAGGUCAUGCCAAAAAGAUUGUGCAUCUAUUUGGUUAUAUGUGCCUAUACUGGAGGUUUUGUCAAUGCAAUAAUACUCACCAGUAACACAUUCACAUUGGAUUUUUGUGGUGACGACGUCAUUGAUGAUUUUUUCUGUGAUGUCCCACCACUGGUGAAGUUGGCAUGUGAUGUGAAGGAGAGUUAUCAGGUAGUGCUAUACUUCCUCAUGGCCUCCAACGUCAUCAUCCCUAUUGUGCUCAUACUCGCCUCCUACCUCUUCAUCAUUGCUGCCAUCUUGAGGAUCCACUCCACCCAGGGUCGCCUCAAAGCGUUCUCUACCUGUUCCUCUCACUUGAUCUCUGUCACCUUAUACUAUGGCUCCAUUCUCUACAUUUACUCUCGCCCAAGCUCCAGCUAUUCCCUUGAGACGGACAAAAUGGUUUCUGUGUUUUAUACUGUGGUCUUCCCCAUGUUGAAUCCCGUGAUCUAUAGUCUGAGGAAUAAAGAUGUGAAAGAGGCUCUGAAAAAACUCCUCAGGUUAACACAACCAGAGGUGUAAAUUGACAUAAAUUUCUCAAAUCAGUGCUAAGUGAUAACGGAUUGCUUCAGGGCAUGGUUGGGGAGCUGGGAUUUAAAAAAAAAAAAAAAAAUCUCUUUUCUGCUUAAGGAAUUAAUUGAGAGAGAUUUAUUUCUUUGAUUUAGAUUUUUUUUUAGUGAUCAGACUCUAAUCUGUACUAUAAAAUAAACCCCCCCAAAAAAUGCUGCAAUCGAGUCAAAUUGAAUCAGACUCAUGGUGACCCCUUGUGUUGCAGAGUAGAACUGUGUUCCAUAUGUUUUCCAAUGACUAUGACAUUGGAAGUAGAGGUACCAGAGUGGAUCCUAACCUCCAAACUUAAGGUUACCAGCCAAGCACUUGGCCAUUUGUGCCACCCAGGGACCACUAUAGUUCCAGUUAAAUAUUAAGAUAUAUAUUUAAAAAAAGCAGAAUCUUGGUUUAAUGCAAAACAAACAAGAGAAUGUAUUAUUUCUGAGAUCCCAAAGGAUUAAUUUUUACAUGGCUAUCUCCCCUGAAAUUGGCUCAACUUUUCUGUUUCAUUA